GGCUCAGAGCAGCGCUGGCAGGAGCAAGGGAUGGUGAUGUCCUGCGACGUCGGUGGAGUGCCGCUGCUCGACUGGCAAGGCUCGCUGGCUUCUGCCCAGCCGUCAGGCUGGUCAAUCGAGUUCGCGGUCGUGCUUGUGGUGGGUGGCUUCGCGUACGGCAGCGUCGAUGGCGGCUACUGGUUCAAGAGCUCGCUGACGGCCCCCGUGGUGCAGCCUGCACCCGCUCCAGCAUCGCUUCAGGAGGCCGCGGACACUCGACCUCGCGAGCGCGGCGACUACCCAGGCGAGGAAGUUCCGCCUUUAGGCGGAAUGGCCGCUCGCACCGCUGGACAGUUCCACUACUUCUGGUACAACGUCGGGGCGGCCGCUCUCCUCCACGAGAGACUCACUCUGCUGCCUGGGUACAUCCUUACCCCUGACGAUGACGUAUAUGCUGAGAGCGACGCGGCAGGUGGUGACUUGAGAGCUGUGCGUGACUCGGCGGGCCAGGGCGUCGCGAUUGUAGGCGUCGCCGCCAACGAGCUCGACAAGUUCUGGCGGCUGCCGUCGGCAGCCGUCGCCUGGGCUGCUGCGCGGAGCUGCGUCGCCCAGGGCCAUGGGCCUCUGGCGCCUUCGCCCUUCAUCCUCGAGCUCAGCGCCGACAACGUGUUGGGCGUCUCGAAGGGGGUCCCGGCCGUGUUCGACCCGCUCGGAGCGGCCCCCGCCGCCGCAGCGCCUGGCGCCCCGGCCUUGGCUGGCGCGGCCGCGCCCCCCGCGGGCGCCCCUGGGCCGCCUGCCGCGUCUGCCGCUACGCCUGUGAGCGGGCUGGGCGCGCUGGCCGCGGCGCUCGGCGCCGCAGGGUCUGAUCCCCGCGUGCUGGCCACCGACCUCGACGCGCGGGGGGUGCGGGACAUGCUUGUCAGGGGCGCUGUCAAGCGCCAGACCGAGACCCCCCGCGCCGACUGGCCCGUGAAGGGCCUGACGACCACGAUGCGGGUGCUCCACUUCGUGCUCCCCAUGGCGGACGGGGCGACGUCGUGGCUCAACCGCUGGGUGGCCAUGAAGCAGGCCUCAGAGUCGGACGACGCCGACAGGCUGUACGAGACGCUGUGCCGUGUCGUCGAGACCUUGCGCUGCCACGACCAGCUGAUCAUCUGCGGGCCGUCUUCCUACGAGUUCUUAUCGCGGCAGCUGCUGAUGGUGGAGGGGCGCUUCUUUGAGGAGCGGGCGCGCAGGACCCACCCUGGGCCCAAGCCCAUGGGCCAGGCCAAGGACGGCGCCGCGGCCGCGGCCGCCGACGUCUCCUCCGAGGUUGGCCACUUCCUCGGCACUGGAGAGACGUUGGGCAAUUUGUGUAUUCUCCCACCCGUAAUGGAUGCGUUUGCUGAGCAGAUGAAGAGUGAGGCUACCGUUGCGAAGGAAUGCCGCAAGGUGACCAUCGCCAGCGAGACGUUUUUCCGCUUCCUUUUCUUCCAGUGGAUGGGCGUCGCCAUCUUCCGCUUGGUCGUGGGGCUCGUCUGCGCGCCGCCAAAGGCAGCCGCUGUGGACUACAUCGCGGGCCUGCACCGCGACUUCGAGCUGCCCGCCGCCUACUCGGAGAGAGGCCGCGAUUGCGAAGCAUCCCUCGUAGAGAUGCUCGCACAGGCACCUGGCUACGCUGGUGACAGCGGUCGAGUGCGCCCCUGCAGCGCGCCGCUUGUGGCCUGGCCCGAGUCGACGAAGGCAGUCUCCACCUGCGGCGUCGUCUCCGAGGCCGACUCCAUCGUGCUGCAGGAUUGGAGGCAGAGUAUGCUGAAUCCCGAGUCAGUGGCGGCGGAGCUGCGCGAUUCGCUGGGGGUCAUCCGCCCUUAUGUCGAUCCUGAGCUGCGCUUUAAGCCGAAGUCCUACGCUGAGUUUUUGAAGCAGCUGGAGGCCCACGGCAUGAUCUCCUGGCGGGUCUCCAGCGAACAGGCAUCCUUCUCUACUGGUCUCUUCUUCGUGCAGAAAUCAAACGGCAAGCUGAGGUUGGUGUUCGACACCAGGCUGGCCAAUUGCAGUUUCUCCUGCCCACCAGCCACUCGUCUCCCCACGCCCAGCGCGCGGGCCAGCCUUGACUGCGACGACAGUUUUCAUUUCGCGCAGGGCGACAUUCAGUGUGCUUUUUAUCAUUUACGUCUGCCAGCUGGCAUGGAGUCGCUGUUCUCUCUGCCUCCGAUGAACAACAGAUUCGUCGGCCCCAAGUCGGUCAACGGGGUUCGUCUUGGCAUCAACGACUGCGUCCAGCCUCUUGUCACGGUCGUCCCCAUGGGAUGGAGUUGGGCCCUUCACUUGUGCCAGAGUGCGCUGACGAGAGCCCUGUCGGACGUCGGGUUCGGCCGCGACGAUAUGAUUCUGGAUGGGGGCUGCCCGCGGCCCUUGGUCGCUGAGAAGGACGCGGUGUGUGCAGGAUGCGUUGACAACUUCUGUGUCGUAUCCAAGUGUGCCGAGACAGCCACGUCCCUGGCGCAUGCCGUUGCUGACCUUCUCACGGCCCGCGGGCUGCCUGUCUUGGAAUUCUCCCCUGCGGUCAGUAAGGGGGUAUUCACGGGCUUGGAGAUCGACGGAGCCUCUGGGAUCAUUCGUGUUCGUCCUGACCGCCUCGUUCGCACUCGUCAAGCCGUUCUCGGGCUUUUGAAGCGUGGGCGGGCCUCUGAUGGGGCCCUCAGCGUGCUCGUAGGCCACUGUACUUGGGGGAUGAUCCUGAGGCGCGACGUUCUGAGCAUCUUUAACGCGGUCUAUCGGUUCAUGGGGGCUGUGGGGCCUCAUCCUGGACCCCUGUGGCCCUCGGUCGUCAGGGAGUUGUCGGCUGCCGUGGCCCUCAUCCCGCUCUGGAGUGCCUCUACGAGGUCGGCCGAGUCGCCGAACGCUGGAGAUAUCGUCAUGGGUGGGUUCCUCGAGGUCCCUGAGUCCAUCUGCGGGGCCGAGGGUUGGAAGACCAUGCACUCUAGCCGUCAUGCCCGCCGUGGCUGCGAUGUCCUUCAGUACGAGGCGGAGGAGGUGGUCAAGGCGGCGAGGGCCAGGCGGGAACAUCCUGGUCCGCUGACGCUUCUGCGGGGCGGACUGUCGGUGCUGGAGGCCAACGCGGUCUCGGAGUCGACGGGCAAGAACUACCACGCCUCCGCCCUCAGGUUUCUGAACUGGUGCCUCUGGACCGCCAGGGACUUCAAGAGCAGCGUCGAGCUCGACGCGAUCCUCGUGGUGUUCUUCGUCCACCUCUUCCUCGACGGGUACGACAGUGCGACGGGCCGCGUCGCGAUGGCCUCUCUGAAGCACCAUCUGCCGUCGAUGCUGAUGGGCAGCCGCCCGCUGCCACGGGCCUUUCGGGCCCUUCAGGGUUGGACGAAGCUCGUGCCGCCGCAGAUGAGGCUGCCGCUGCCGAGGGUCGCGAUGUUCGCCAUCGUGGGCGUGCUGCUGUCUCAGGGGCUUUUGUCGCAGGCGGUCUUCGUGAGGAUCGCGUUCGACGCGUACCUCCGCCCCAGCGAGGCCUACCGUCUCACGGCGGCCUCCCUGAUCGCGCCGAGGUCGGGCGCCACGGAGGGCCACCAGCACUGGGCUCUGUUGGUGAACGACGCGGCGAGCGGGAGGCCUGGCAAGACGGGGGUCACCGACGAGAGCGCCAUCGUCGACGAUCCUCUCCUCUGGCCUCUCCUCGAGGCGCUUCGGCAAGGACGCCGCGCGGAGGAGAGCCUCUGGGCCUUCACGCCGCACCAGCUGCGGCGCGCUUUCGCGGAGGCCCUGGUCCAGCUCGGGAUCUCCGACCAGCAGACCUCCCUCUCCUCGCUGCGCCACGGGGGGGCCUCCGACGACCUCCUCUCGGGUCGCCGCACGAGGAAGGAGGUCAAGGACCGCGGCAGGUGGAGGACGGACCAGUCUCUGAACAGGUACGCCAAGCGGGCGCGCAUGCAGCAGCGGCUGGGUCAGCUCGACCCUGCGCUGGUCGACUUCGGGCAGAAGGUCGAGAGCGAUCUGCUGGGCCUGAUGGACGUGAUCGCGAGGGCGGGCAUCUUCUCGCUGCCGCUGCCGCCCCUGAGGCGCCUGUGGCUACGUGCGCGGGCGCAUGCCACCGUGAUGCCGUACCUCAUCAUGCUCUGCACCUGUGUCCCCGACCGAGUUCGGCGAGUGUGCGAGGCCCGCGGGCUCGGCACCGCUGCUGCGAACGUUGCUCGACAUCGCCUCGACGACCUCGCUGGCCCUCAGGUUCUGAAGUCUCUGACUGGCUGGGUGCGCGCCUCGGCUGUGCUCGGAGUCUGGGCGUCGUUGCCCUGGGACACCUGGGCGCCAGGGGCGUCGCGUGUCCGCAAAUUUGAUUCUCUGCUGCACGUGAAUAGAGCCUCAGAGGCCGCCUGUCGCGCCGUGCGAGUGGCAAACGCGUUGGCUGAAUCCACCUUCAAAUUGAUUGCGGAGUGUAUCUUCCGCAGA